UUGCGUGUAGGUUUUGUGGUCCCAGUUAAAACAGAAGUUAAAGGGGCUAUGCAGGCGAGAAAUUUAAAAUCUGCAGCAGAAUUUCCAGGAGUACUAGCGGAAAAAUUGAGGAAGGAGGUUAAAUUGGGGAGAAUGGCAGGGCCAUUCAAGGAGAAGCCGUGUGCUGACUUGAUUGUGUCCCCCCUGGGAGUAGUUCCCAAGAAAGAGAAGGGUAAAUACAGGAUGAUACAGCACCUGUCCUACCCCAGGGGGAAUUCAGUCAACGACGCAAUUGACAAGUUGGAUUCUUCAGUGCAAUAUCAAUCAUUUGAUAGUGCGGUAAGAAUAGUGAAACGGCUUGGAAAAGGGGCGUUGAUGGCAAAGAUAGAUGUGGAAUCUGCUUUUAGGUUAUUGCCUUUGAACACAGUUAGUUUUAAUUUAAUGGGUUGUAAGUUUGAUGGUGAUUAUUACAUAGAUAAGUGUUUGCCCAUGGGGUGUUCGGUUUCUUGUUCAGUUUUUGAAAAGUUUAGUUCAUUUUUGCAUUGGUUGUUUACAGAAAAAACAGGAUGUGAGAGUAUGUCUCACUACUUAGAUGAUUUUUUGGUGGUAGGCAGGAAAGAGACAGGGGAAUGUAGAAUCUGGAAGGAAGAGCUAGAGGCAAUGUUCAAACAGUUGGGAGUGCCAGUAGCAACGGAAAAGUCGGAGGGGCCGGGUACGAGGCUGGUUUUCCUGGGUAUCAUGAUAGAUUCCGCAAAGGGGCAAUGCGAGCUCCCUGCGGAUAAGAUUGAGAAGGCGAGACAUAUGAUAAAAACGAUGUUGAAAAGGAAUAAGGUGACUCUUAGGGAAAUGCAGAGAUUGCUGGGGGUUUUGAAUUUUGCGUGCCGGGUAAUACCGGUGGGUAGAUUAUUUAAAAGAAGGUUGGAAAUGGGGACAAAAGGGGCAAAGCUGCCCGAGCAUAUGGUGCGCGUCAAUAAGGAAAUGAAGGAAGACCUCAGAGUGUGGGAGGCAUUUUUAGAUGAAUUUAAUGGUAUCAGGAUAUGGGAAGAGGCAAGGUCAGUGGAAGAAUUGGAGUUGUUCACAGAUGCAGCAGGCAGUGCGGGGUUUGGAGCGUAUUUGCAAGGUAGAUGGAGCGCGGGCGAAUGGCCCGCAGAUUGGAAGGAGAAAGGGUGGAUAAAGAACAUGACUUUGCUUGAAUUGUUUCCCAUUAUAGUAGCGAUAGAGCUGUGGGGCCAUGUAUUAGAGAACAAAAGAAUCAUCUGUUGGUCCGAUAAUAAGGCAGUAGUGGAUGUAAUGAAUAAUUUGUCGUCAUCAUCUAACCCGGUUAUUAAGUAUUUGAGAUAUUUUGUAUUAAAGUGCCUUAAGCACAAUAUUUGUUUUAAAGCACAGCAUAUACCAGGGUACAGGAAUAUUGUAGCAGACGCACUGUCAAGGUUUAAAUGGGAAAUAUUUAGGAAGGUGGCUCCAAGGGCGAGGAAGGAAGGUGAACCCUGCCCUGUUCUUCUUUGGCAGAUUGGCAGCAAAUAGACGGAAUCAGGGAGAUGGUAGAGAAGUCCGUGGCGCCAAAAACGUGGGCCGUAUACAAGAAGUAUUGGGAGCGGUGGUGCGAAUUUAACAAGAUUAUAGGUCGCGAGGAAGAAACGGUUUUUCUAGAAUGGCUAUGGGUAUUGAAGCAAGGGGGGGUGAAGAAAGGGCAGUUGGGCACAGUACUGGCGGGGGUGUCGUAUUUUUCGCAGUUAUAUGGGAGAAAGGAUAUAACAAAGAGAUUUGUUGUAAGGAAAGUAUUCAAGGGGUGGAGCGUAGGAGAGAAGAAGCAAGGCGAUAGAAGGGAGCCGAUAACAGAGGAUAGGUUGGCGGAAAUGUUAGCAGUGCUCAGCAAAGUAUGUUUCAAUGACGAUGAGGCAUUGGUAUUCAGGGUAGCUUUCUCUUUGGCUUUCCAUGGGGCAUUGCGCAUAGGGGAAUUGCUGGCGAAGAAUAGGAAAGACGUGGGCGGUGGUGUAAGGCGAGAAGAUGUGAAAUGGGGCGUGCGAGCAGUGCUAGUUUUAAUUCGGAAAUCAAAAACAGAUACGGAAGGAAAAGGGGUAUGGGUGUCAAUGGGGAGGACAGGUGGCGCGACUUGCCCGGUGGCAGCAGUAAGGGAUUAUGAGCUAACAGCAAGGGCAGAGGGCCCGCAAUUUGUUAGGCAUAGGGACGGAUCCGGCGUCACGGGUUUUCAGUUUAGGAAGGUAUUGGAAAGAACGGUAGAAAGACUGGGUUGGUCAGAUGCAUACUAUGCGCCGCACUCAUUCAGAAUAGGGGCAGCAACCAGUGCGGCAUCUAGAGGAUGUUCGAUCGAGCAGAUUAAAAAAAUGGGAAGGUGGAAAUCAGCAGCAUACAAGUCCUACAUCAGGCCAAAAGGGGGGGUUUGAUUGCGAUUAGGGAUGCGAAGUCAUGGCGCCAACCGAAAUGAAUUUAAUUCUCCAUUUUUCUUUGUGAUUUGUUACAGGAAGAGCACUAAGGAUAUGGGUGGUAGGGCAUUCAUACGUGUACUGGGCGCAAGUUAGGGCUGCGACAUUGGCAAAAGGGACACAUUUGGGAUUUAGAUACACCGAAGCCAGUGUUAGAUGGAUAGGAAAGAGAGGAAUGAGGUGGGAAGAGUUGGUAAGCACCAUACAGCAGGCAAGGCAGAGAUGGGGGCGCCCGGACGUAAUGAUAAUACAUUUAGGAGGGAAUGAUAUUGGAGCAUACCCUCUGAGGGAACUGGAAGAAAGUAUAAAAAGUGUAAUGGGGUGGUUGGCGAUAACAUGGCAAGGAGUAAAGAUAGUAUGGUCAAACAUAAUAUCAAGGUUGGUUUGGAGGAACACUGACACGCAGAGAGCGGGCUACAGAGCAAGGAGGAAGAUUAAUUUGGUAGCGGCAAAAGCAGUCAGGGGGAUAGGUGGAUCGGUGCUGGAGCACCCAUUGUUGGCGGCAAAAAGGGAAGAGAUAUUCAGGCACGACGGAGUUCACCUGAACGAGGCCGGUAAUGACCAGUUUUUGGAGGACAUCAGGAGAAUGUUGGAGGAAAUGAUCAAGAUGCAAGAGAGCAGUAAAGACAACUACGCGGAGAGGUCACAACCAGAGAUAUCGAGAGAAAUUGGCAUGGUUAGGGGCACGAUGUCAGCUACUUAGUUGGAUCGCAGUAAGACCGCCCGUGCCCCCUAAUAAGGGGAUCGAGAGAGCUGCAGCUGGAAGCUAGCGGGUGACUCGAGCGGUCUAAGCUAGCUGAAAGCGUUAAGAUAAGCAAGCAGCCAUAUAGGAGAAAAGUUGAUAAGUUGUUGCGGUGAAAUCGGGAUCUGGCACGUAGGCAGGGCUUGCGAGGGGCGGAGGGGAUCCUGUAGCAUACCCAGUCUAAGUCGUGAUUCGGUGGUCUAGCUAAAGGCUGGUAUAUGCUGCAGGUUCGCUCCUCCCCUUCUGCUCUGCCACAGGGGGGGUUUGUGGUCCCCCCCCCUGACACGUGGGAUCCAAGUUCAGGUUAUGCAAAUGCUGACGCAUUUUUGAGUGUUAUGUUGAUUAAGGGUAUGUUAUUACCCAGGGUAUGUUAUUACCCAGGGUAUGUUAUUACCCAGGGUAUGUUAUUACCCAGUGAGAAAUUUUUUGAAUUUAAAUUAAAUUAUUAAAUGUGACCUUUCCAUAUUUAGCCAAA